UGUGGCAGUGGUAAGAUGCUAGGUUAUGACUGCACCGGAGUGUUCACUAUCAAGGGAAAAUUCCGGUCACGUAAUAUGCAAAUUGUCCUGUGGCAGUGGUGUAAUGCUAAGUCAUCACUGUCCCAGAGUGUGAUCGCGCAUCAGAAGUUCCACAACAUAGCUCUAGAUUUAUCAAGCGAGGACAGCGGUGUGUGUAUGCAGAAAAGUUUGUGUCUUGGAGUCAGUGUAACCAUGCCUGUUUUUCUUCUGUUCACGAAUCUGCCAGCAAGUGCCAUCCCAAAGGGGUUUCUGUUGGAAACCACAAAAAUGAUCUCCAAAACCCUUCGGAAACCGGAAGAGCGUAUUGCAGUGUUGAUUCAUCCAGAUCAGAUGAUGAGCCACGGGGGUACGACUGAUCUCUGUGCCAACUCCGAGCUGCAAGGUAUCACGAACAUGGGGAAUAAGGAAAACAUUCAGAUGUCCAAAGACAUUUCAGAAUUCCUGCAACAAAAGCUUGGUAUUGACCCUAAAAGAAACUACAUCAAAUUCACCAGGAAUCAAGCAUUUGAAGUUGGGUAUAAGGGGACAACGUUUGAAGUACUGUGGAAAUGAAACAGUUUGGGAAAAUAUUAGCUUCAAAACCAACCAAUCAACUCAUGAUGAUCCAUAGAAUCAGUGGCGAAGACGCAUGAGCAGCAUCUAUGUCACAUGGCGGGGGUGUAACAGUUCAAUACACGCCAAUGAGAAGCUUUAAGAACCCAUCACUGCAAUAAGUAAUAUGACAUCUGUUGUUGAGAUGUACCAGGUGGAGCAGGUGUG